UCUCCUUACAAUUGACCUUUUGACCGAAGAAUCCAUUUUUAUGCGUUUCAUUUCUGGAAUAAAUGAAAUUCUUGAUCAAGUAAGUGCGUCCAUAAAAGUGAUGGUUAUUAACUACUGUACGAUGAUGAUGACCGCACGAACUCGUUAACCUUCAGGAAUUUGUGUAAAUGGGAAUUCAAAAAAUAGUAAAUAGUAGAUACAUAAAAAUGCUGUUGUGAAAUUUCCAAAUCAAAUUUCCCACUUAUUUUUCAUUUAUCAUAACGUGCGUAAAGUGAUCAUAGUUGAGAACAUUUUCCAAAUGCCGAGUCGAUACUUAGCUCUGAUGUAUACUAUAUUGUGAAAAUGUUAAAUUUGCUUUUUGUGCUAUUCAUUACGUUCGCAUCAGUUGUUCUGCCAUAUGAGAGUGGAGACCGUUGCAUUACACCCAACGGCGAAUUAGCAACUUGCGUACCCGUUCAUUCGUGUACUCAUAUUUUUGAGUCCUUGUUAUCUUUGAAUUUAGAGGUAUUAGAAUUCGCCAAAGAAUCGCAGUGUCAAAGUAAUAAAGAAACUUUAAUAUGUUGUGGUAACGCGACGUCUUUGAACUUGAAAGCUGAAUUUCCGAUGGGAAGGUUAAUUCCAAACAAAAGUACGUGCGGAAUACAAGAUGGUACUAAUAGAAUAUAUGGUGGUCAACUAACUACAUUAGAAGAAUUCCCUUGGAUGGCUCUUUUGAGUUACAUUGACGGUUCGGAGGUAAGAUCGUUCAAAUGCGGAGGAAGUGUAAUCAAUAGUAGAUACGUUUUAACUGCUGCCCAUUGCAUUCGGAUUAAUCCAGCGCUGGGAAUCAGUUUACAUUCAGUCCGACUAGGAGAAUGGAAUGUAACAUCUGAUGAGGACUGUGAAGAGUCUGGAAAUGAAUGUGCGGAUCUCGUCAUUGAUUUAAAAAUUGAAAAACAGAUACCGCAUCCAAUGUAUAGCAUGCGCACAGGUGAAAACGAUAUUGGAUUAUUGAGAUUAGAAAGGAACGUUGAGUUUAGUGCGUAUAUCAUGCCAAUAUGUUUACCUUUAAAUGGAGGAGAUAAACGCCUAUCCAAUAAAUCAUUGGUAGUAUCUGGUUGGGGAGCAACGGAAUAUGGGCCUCAAUCCGAAGUGAAGUUAAAGUUAAACGUACCAAUAGUCUCAAAUGAGCAGUGUCAAAAAGCACUAGGACACAGAGGAACAAUAACGCCCAAUCAACUUUGCGCGGGCGGAGAAACAGGAAGAGACGCUUGCCAGGGCGAUUCAGGGGGACCUUUAAUGAGCAGCUGGGAGUUGCAGGACAUGAAGACGCAGUGGUAUUUGGAGGGUAUAGUGUCAUGGGGAAGUAAAUGUGGAGUGCUAGGAUAUCCGGGUAUUUAUACUCGCGUUUCGAAGUACUUACUUUGGAUUAUUGACAAUGUCGAAGAGUUUUAGACCAAAUUUAGCUAGAUUAAAUAAGUAUAGGCUUACGGCCUGGCGCUUUUUUAGUUUAGAUAAAUAUUUAUAAAUAGCAAUAAACAAUUGAAUCAUGGAAUUA